UCUCGCUGUUUCAACAAUAAUUCUAUGAAUUGGAAGUCUUGCAUUGGACCAAAGCAUGCAAAUCAAGUGCCACACUUAAGAUGAAUUACAUAAAUCCGGUUUGUAACAGCGUAAAAACACUUGUUUUCGGAAUCAUUAAAUAGCAAGUCAUUACAGUACUUCCUGCGUGAGCUGGGUUUAAAUCAUUGUUUGCAUUGUACGGGUUAUGAGCGUUCAUAUAAAAAUCAACACAUUUGUUCGAUCGUUUUGAAACAAAGUAACGGAUAUCAGUGUUUACUUAACUUAAAAAUCUGUGCCAGAACUCAAUUCGUUCAUAUAAAGGCGCCAUGUUACGAAACAUCGGAAAUGUCGUCUGCUUCAUCAUCGUCCUCAUGACGUCACACCACGUGACCGGACAGGCGCAUGACGUGACACAGUUGAACAGGAUGCUGACGAUCCUCAAGAAUUCCGUUUAUCACGAUAUCGUCGACAUCCGGCUCGAGAUCAUGGAUCUGAAGAUGACAGUCGAGCAAAUUGGAGUCGGUCAGAGAAACGCAAGCGAUGGAUCCAUUAUUGGCCAGGGAAUGACAGAUCUUAAUCAAAGGGAGAUUACAGAUCUCAAGAAUAAGUUGAGUGCACAUGAAAGCCGACUGAACAGAUUAUUUAGUACUGUCAACGAAAUUCAAGUGGAAAAUUCGGCACUUAAAAGUAAAGUCAUUCAAGUGGUCGUAGAAAAGGAGAAUGAAGCAAAUGCUGAACUUCUCAGGUUGAACGCAGGGAUUGAAACAAAAUUUGACGACAAAUUCAACGCUCUUCAAAAGAAGUUUGAAGAAACCGCAGCUGUGAUGAUGAAAAGUUACAAAGACCUUAAGAGGCAGAUGAUCGAUCAAACAAAUACCUUUUCCCAGUCCGUGAUCUCCGAACAAAACAAACUAAGUACAAAAAUUGACAAAGCAGAUGCGAAAAUCUUUCGACUGGAUGGCGAAGUGAACAAACUCGAAGUCAACGCAUUGGUAGAAAAAAAGGAAAGAAACGAAUUGAUCAAAAACUUAAAAGCUGAAAUUCUCCAGUUGAACGCAGGCGUUGAAACGAAAUGCGACGACAGAGUCAUCACUCUUCAAAAGAGGUUUGAAGAAACCACAGCGGUGAAUAUGGCAGGUUACAAAGAUCUGGAGACGCACAUCUCCGAUCAAAUGAAUAACUUUUCCCAGUCGCUGAUCUCCGAAAAAAAUAAAUUGAGUACAAAGAUUGACAAUGCAGAUGCGAAGAUCGUUCGACUGGAUGGCGAAGUGAACAAACUCGAAGUCAACGCAUUGGUCGAGAAAAAGGAAAGAAACGAAUUGAUCAAGAACUUAAAAGCUGAACUUCUCCAGUUGAACGCAGGCGUUGAAACGAAAUGCGACGACAGAAUCAUCACUCUUCAAAAGAGGUUUGAAGAAACCACAGCGGUGAAUAUGGCAGGUUACAAAGAUCUGGAGACGCAUCUGAAAACAACGAUUGAUUGUGGUGACCCAACACCAGACCAUGGUACAGUAAACACCACAGUAACAAAGUAUGGAACUGUUGUUAAAAUAUCCUGCAAUCACGGUUACGUUCUGAGCGGAGAGAACAUCAUCAAAUGCAACGCUGAGUCUGUCUGGUCUGAAUCAGCCACGUGUAACCCAUAUGACUGCGGUAGCGCUGCCCCAGCCAAUGGUGUGGUCACAGCUCCCUAUGGCACUACCUACCAGAAGCAGGCUACUGUGCAGUGUAACCCAGGCUACACGCUAAACGGCUCAUCAGUGAUAGCGUGCAAUUCAACAGGCUGGAAUAACUCUGUCUCAUGUGUAAUACAAAAUUGUCGGGACCCAACACCAGAUCAUGGAACAGUAAACACUACAGCAACAACGUAUGGAACUGUUGUUAAAAUAUCCUGCAAUCAUGGUUACGUAUUGUGGGGAACGAACAUCAUCAAAUGCAACGCACACUCUGCCUGGUCUGAAUCAGCCACUUGUAACCCAUAUGACUGCGGUCCUGCUGCCCCAGCCAAUGGUGUGGCCACAGCCCCUAAGGGCACUACCUACCGACAGCAGGCUACAGUGAAGUGCAAUCCAACCUACACACUAAACGGCUCAUCAGUGAUAGAGUGCAAUGCAACCGGCUGGAAUGACUCUGUUUCCUGUGUUGACGACAGACAGCAACCAAUGUCAGGUACCGGUUACCGUGUCAAGCCAAUAUUUGGAAGAGACCUUGAGAACCACAUCAAAGUCGGGACCAGGGUCGUGCGCGGUCGGGACUGGAGAUAUGGUGACCAGGACGGCGGCGGUCCGGGCACCGUGACAAAGGUUUCCUCGUUAAUUAAAUCCGACUUUGUGUGGGUCAUGUGGGACCAGGGCCUGGCACGUGCGUGGGACUACCUUAUCGGCGUGCGCGGCAGAUACGAGCUGUUACUGGUUGGAGCGCCCAAGGCCAAUGACCCUCUACAGGCCCCUGAGAGAAUGGGGGCCGAGCUUGGUGUGCGCACCCCGGGCGUCCUGCACUACUGUCCGAUAGACGGCACGGACACCAAGUGUUACCAAAUACCCGUAGAUCCAACAGGUAAUGUUGGAUUCCGCCCAGGCGUUAGGCCGGACCGGAAGUACUUUGUGAACUCCAAAGACGACCAAUGGUUGGGUGUAGCCCUUGACGUGUCCCCGAACAACGACCGAUUUACGGUGUGUGCGCACCGCUGGAAGAACGCGUUCUUCUACUCGCAGGGCAUGUUGUACAUGCAGGGCAUGUGCUAUGAGCUUGACACCUCCUUCCAGACCCGGGCCAUGCCCCUACUCGUCGACUCAGACGUUGGCAAUCUGAUACACUCGCAAGAACGUUGGCCCAUCUGGGCCUAUGGCUCCAUGGGGCAGUCGGCGCAAUAUACAAAGAACGGGGACGCUGUGGUUAUGGGAGCUCCUGGACUGAACGACUGGCAAGGAGGAUUUGUGACCGAAGACAACUUCCGGAAUAAUUAUACAAUUCAACCGUUUCAAGACGACAGGAGAAAUUGGUUGCUAGGCUAUACUGUGGCGACAGCCAAGUUAACGCAGAACAACGUCAAUUACGUCAUCGCCGGAUCACCGCGCGCCAAUCUUAAUGGCAGCGUUUUCAUCUUCAUGGACAAGACUGACCGACUGCUGGCACCGCCCUUGAUAGGGGAACAGUUCGGCAGUUAUUUCGGCUCCGUAAUAUGCGCUGCUGACGUCAACGCAGACGGACUAGAUGACGUCAUCGUUGGGGCGCCACAUUUCUGGACAAACAAAACAGAGGAAGGUCGAGUGUAUGUCUACAUAAACAGAGGAUCGCUACGAUUCGAACGUCAGACUGACGUAUUAAACGGAUCAACGUCAGAGAUGGGGCGAUUCGGAAGCGCCAUUUCGGACAUCGGCGAUAUAAAUAAGGAUUCGUUUACGGACAUCGCCAUUGGGGCACCGUACGAGAAUGACGGCGAGGGAGCGGUGUACAUCUACAAUGGCUACACGGCGGGCCUCUGGUCAAGGUAUUCACAGCGAAUAGGGGGUGCUUCCAUCAGACCUGGGAUCAAAGCGUUCGGCGCGGCGCUAAGCAAGAUUUCAAUCAAUAACGGAGAGUUGUUCGCCGUGGGCGCCUACGAGUCAGACACCGUGGUUGUGUUGCGCUCGAAUCCCGUGGUCGCCCUGGAGACGAUGAUGCAAGUGCGCCCGGACCUUAUCACCGCUCGAGAAUCGGAAGUUAGCCUCAAAGUUUGCUUCAAGUACACUGGGGAUGCUGCCACGCUACCCACCAGUCUCGCUAUAAAGUACAGACUCGAGGUUGACACAAGCACCCCUAGGGGCUCAGUUAGAGCUCUAGUGAUCCCUAACAGCGUACCGGACAUCUCGCGCGCGUUCGUGAUUCAGCGGGAUGAGUUCGUCUGCGACGAUGAAAUUCGGGUCUACGCUCCUUACAAGGAUAUAUGGAGGGACGUUGUGGUGGAGGCGAGAUAUAGUCUGGAUGAGUCCACGUGCACCGGAACCAGCUGUCCCGUGCUGGAGACAUUCAACGGCAAAAACCCGGGCGCCAUUACGCCGAAUGGAUUGCUUAAGAAAACGAUUAAGUAUGACAAGCAAUGUGGGCCAGACAACGUCUGUGAUACGAGACUGUCCCUCCAAGUGAGACCGGUAUCCAAUAGCGACCACAUCGUGAUGGGCAAGGACACGCAUCUUGGCGUUGAGGUCUCCCUUGGCAACGAAAACGAGAAUGCGUACAACGUCAUCAUUGACGUCACCGUUUAUGGGAAUAGUUCAAAGAAAAUGAGAACGUAUGGCUUGCGAGGCGACCCACUUGUCGACUGCGAUCAACUCGUAUACGAGACCCCCGACGUCAAUCUGACCUUACCCACCCACCGCUGCUACGUGCGUAAGCCGUACCCUUUGGAACAGGACCAGUCGAUCGCGUUCCUCAUUCAGUUUCCGCUGGAUGACGUCACUUUGCGCGAGUUCCGUGCGACGUUCGCCGUUCGGACGGAAGAACAUACCACAGCACAAGCGACAGCAACGUUACGCUUAGCGGUGAAGUCCGAAUAUGGACUGCGAAUUGACGGCACGUCCAACCCGGAGCAGGUGACGCUGGGGGUGCAGCAGGAGACAGACACGUGGACGGAAGUGGAGCACCGGUACUCCGUGAAGAACCUCGGACCCAGCCCCCUGGAGCACGCAGAGUUCCUCGCCUACGUGCCCACCAUCAUCCACCGCAACGACCCGCUCAUCACGAACAUAUCCGUCUGGCUGUGGAGCUACAAGUUCGACCCGCCCAAGAAAGAACGUUGCUCCGAAACGGUUAUAGACGCCAAAGUGCCGGCAUCGGAUUCGGCCGGGGGAUACGCUAUAAGUGUGGACUGCUCGUCGUUUCCGUGCAAGCGCUUCUCGUGCUUCGUGACAAGCUUCACCCGGGACGAGUCACUCCUCGUGUCUGUCAACAUGUCCGUCAGCAAGCAGAUACUGACCCGGCUGCAGGCACGGGAUACUGUACGGCUUGCAUCACGUGUGUCUAUUCCGGAAGUGAACUUUGGAAAGAGUUUAGACAAAGAGGUCGAGACGAUGUUCCACAAGUCCACGAACAGCAUGGAACGCAAGAAGAUUGCCAUACCUAUAUGGCUUAUCAUCGUGUCCGUGGUUUCGGCUUUCCUGGUUCUAUUAGUUAUCGUCGCAAUUCUUAUCAAGGUCGGAUUCUUUAAACGGCAUAAGAAAGAGGAAAUAAGGCGUCUGAAAUCUACGCGAAGAACGUCGUCGCCUUUUAAGGACACAGUGCGCAACACGGCUUCCAACCACGAGGCCAACGGCGCAAGUGACAAUACUAGAAUCCUGAGUUCCAUUGAAGAUACUAAUAAUAGCAACGAACAUGAGCAUGCGCACGACAACCCCGUAGCAAGUGCGCAUGUUAUUGAUGACGUGAAUGGCGACUAUAAAUAUCCGGAAAAGCGAGACAAUUUUCUAAAUGAGUUGCAAAGAGCAACGAACAAAAAAGGCGAUUAUAUGGGUUAAAAAUAUACAGUUUAUAAAUAAUCGCACUACACUGUUUUAUUCAUGCUUGAAAGGCAAGAAUCAUGAUAGGAAUAAUAUUUUCCAAAAGUGCUAUUUUGGUACGACUUAAAAAGGUCGAGUUUUCUGGCCGUCAUGGAAUAAAACAUGCAAUUAAAUGUGUAUUACACACGGGUAGUAAUGCAGGCAUAGUUUUUUUAACUACCUCUAGCAUUAUAUUUUUAUUUCCAUCGAGAUUUGUAAUAUGAAAUGUAGAAAAUCGAGGAUGUGCAUGAGAUGAGCAACUCUCAGUGAUAUUGUAGAAAGCAUGUUGUUACAUUUUUAUUUAUUUCCAUUUUCUGUACACCGUUUAUUUCAUGUUCAAACAAGUCACAUUAAGAUAUAUAAUUUCGCCCAAUUGGUGCAAAAGGUACAAUAUGACAUUGAAAUUAGAAGGCACAUUGUCCUUUUUGCUAAAAUCGGGCGAUUUAGUCUAGACAGUCAUGUACUUGUUACAAUAUUGCUACGUUAUAUAAACCGAGCAUGUUGAAACCCGUCCUUAAAUGUUAGGUAUAAUAUUGAAUCCUCUGAUUAUCACGGAAACGUUGAUCUUCACAGUUAUAUUUUACGUUACUUAAGAAAUAGGUGUACUUUAUUGAAUCUUGGAUUUAAAUAAAAUUAUUGUUUCCAAGGUUGCAUUGUAUUUAAUGUUAUGCAUAGAUAUUGAUUUUGUUAAGUGUUUAUACAAAUUGUUUAAUCGAAUGUGUUUUGUAAUAAUGUGCUUGUAUUGUUUGUAAAUAAAUUUGGUUUAUAUAAAUAA